CAAUCAUCCACUCUUCAAAGAAUAGUCUUCCUACUUCAUUUGCCGUUAUCCGAUCGCUGUUCCUACCGAAAACGCAUGGCCGUUCAUGGACUUUCUCAAAUCUGCAGUUGCCUCUGCCAUUGCCAAAUCGAGUUCCUUUCCGGUCACCGUCGGAGAUAGAAUCGAUGCAGGUGAAUCGAUAUGGGCUCUACAUAAUGGGGUCAAGAAGGUGUGCAAGGUCUUCCUGCAAAGGCUGGUACGGUCUCUAAGAACGGUCUAGGACGACAACACUCCCUGUUGCCUCUUCACCUUCGACAUCAACAAAGACAAAGCUCGACUACCCCUAGCGAAGAAUGCCGCUCGAAAGUUGCGCACAUUACGGCAUCCCGGAGUCAUUCGAGUGAUUGACGUGAUUGAAAAUGAAACGCACAUCUAUAUCAUCACGGAGAAGGUGACGCCUCUGAGUUGGCACAUCAAGCGCAAGAGCCUGAGUGAGGAGACCAUAAAAUGGGGGUUGUACAGUGUUUCUUCGACUCUCAAAUUCAUCAACAAUGAGGCCUCUUCAGUACAUGGAGCUGUUCGAGUCGCGUCAAUAUACACAAGCGAAAGCGGAGAGUGGAAGCUGGGCGGAUUCGAAGUCCUCAGUUCCAUGAAUGAGGACGAUGCGAUAAUUUAUACCUAUGGAAGUCUAUUGCCGGACUCAAAUCGAUAUGCUCCUCCUGAAGUCGUGAAUGGCGGCUGGUCCGCCAUUAAAAAGAACCCGCUGGGAGCGCCGGACGCCUACGGUCUCGGUAUACUGGUCUUUGAAGCUUUCAAUGGCAGCUUCAUGGGCAAUGAUCAACUUAAUCAGCCCAGAAGUAUAUCGGCCAACAUGGUUCAGAGCUAUCGAAGGCUUGUCAAUUCCAAUCCAAAGCUCAGACUCUCAGCAAGUCAGUUUGUUGAUCAAGGGAAGAAAACAGGAGGCUUUUUCGAGACCCCGCUCAUCCACAUCACGGAAGGAGCAGACAGCCUGGGGCUCAAAAGCGAGGAGGAAAGGGAUCAAUUCCUAGGCGAACUCGAUGAACUUACAGACGACUUUCCUGAAGACUUCUUCAAGAUGAAAAUCCUACCAGAAUUGCUGAAAUCCGUUGAAUUUGGUGGUGGAGGACCUAGUGUCUUUGGAGCUAUAAUGAAGAUAGGACUCAAGAUGUCGGACGACGAAUUCGAGUCCAGACUUGGACCCGUCGUCAUCCGUCUCUUCAAUAGUCCUGAUCGUGCGAUGAGAGUGUGCCUACUCGAUAACUUACCUCUGAUGGUCGAUCGAAUCCCGCAGAAAGAUGUCAACGGCAAGAUCUGGCCGGCCAUGACAACAGGGUUUACUGAUACAGCUCCAGUCGUCAGAGAACAGACUGUCAAAGGCGUCUUGUCAGUAAUCUCCAAGCUCUCUGAUCGUGUCAUCAAUGGGGAGCUCCUUCGGUUUCUGGCCAAAACUGCAAACGACGAGCAACCUGGCAUCCGUACUAAUACAAUCAUCUGCCUUGGCAAGAUUGCCAGGAAUCUCGGUGUCGGUUCACGAUCCAAGGUGCUCAUUGCAGCCUUCACCCGAGCACUCAGAGAUCCGUUUGUGCAUGCUCGAAAUGCUGCUCUGAUGACUCUCAACGCGACAAUCGACGUCUUCAGCGAUGAUGACUGUGCCACAAAAAUUUUACCGGCCAUUUGUGUCAUGCUCGUAGACAAGGAGAAGUUAGUCCGUGAUCAAGCGAACAAGGCGCUGGACAGCUAUCUCCAGAGAGUAAGAAAGUAUGCUUCGGCGAUGCCAGAUACCGUGCUACCACCUGAGGGCGCUGCCAGCACCGCCACAGCGGCAGCACUAACUCGAAUGGGGAACCAAAACGAUACCGGCUGGGCUGGUUGGGCGAUCUCCUCCUUCACCAACAAGUUGGCUGGAGCAAGAGGGGAAAUGGCUCCCACAGCCGCCAUGAACGGAUCAGCACUGACGCAAACUCAGUCACUGCCUGCAUCUGGUCGGGCUACUCCAAGUAUUAACGUGGUGCAUGAGAAGCCUGUGUCUUCACCAAAAGCCUUUGCUACUCACACACCGAGAAGCUCUACUUCGCAACCACCAGAAGUCGAGGAAGCGUUUGGGGAAGACUCAAUGGAUGCAUGGGGCACGAUGGAUGAUGACGGCGACAAUUUCUUCGACGCCUCGUCGAACCGCCCAGCCAAGACGGCAAACCCUGGGCCUGCCGCCGCCUUUGAUGACGGUGGAGAGCCGGAUUUCGCAGGGUGGUUGGCCGCACAGUCCAAAGCGAAGACGCCGAAGCAAUUACCCAAAGGUCUGAGCAAGACAAAUACCACUGGUGGUAGUCUGAAUGCUCGACCCUCAGGUCCUCCCCGAAGUGCUUCAGCCGGUGGGGGAAUCAUGGCCAAACGGCCGGCCGUAGCAGCGGCAAGGACUGCAGCAAGUGUAGCUGCCAACAAAGACGUCAAGAAGGAGGCGCCGAAACCCAAAGAGCCGGAUAUCAACGAUGACGAUUGGGGGGCUGAUUGGGAGUGAACUUGACGCUCACUGGCUUGCUUUGAUGAACAUAUGCCGCAUAUUAGCGACGGAGAUUAGAUCAUGGUUCUGGAAUCUGGGCGACUCAAGCGAGGCGUUGGGCGUUCUUCUUGCGAAUGGUAACAGUUGUUUAUUGUUCGUUCGGCCACCUGCGACAAAAGCAUUCAGUUGGGAUACCAGCGGUACCUGGUGCAUGAGAUACACAAGCCACUAGUACAGAGGGCCAAAUCAACUAUACGAGCUACAUCAGCUACUAGUACUUCAAGGCGAAGCGACUCGCUGUUGGCUACCUGGCAACGUCUCUUCCACCGUACCCUGUCUGUUCGUCGACCUCGACUACAACAUACUCGGGGAUCAAAAUCCGCAUAGUCACCUCGAGCAUGGGAACGCUGAGUGCUUAUGUGAAUAUCCCGACAAGAAGUGGACCUAGCAGACAGAGAAAUCGGAGUUUUGCUAGGAAGGAUCGAGAAAAAUGCUAUGCGAGAGUGGAAAUGAUCGCACAUGGAAUGGCAAUUUCUCUGCCACUGGCAGGGUAUUGAAAUGGCUUGGUCGAGCAGGAUCUACUCGCUUUGGAAGAAUGUGAGACUCCAGCAUCUCUUUCCGCCGGCUUCUGCGCCGUUCAGCGAGCAUUCGCACUUCCUCAGUCAAUUACAGGCUGGCCUCGUGCUUCGAUUUUCCUUUUAUUGUUUGACCGACUCAUUUGAUCCUCCCGUCCUGGACCAUCUCUCUCAUGACCUCGAUCGUCUUCUCUACCGCCAUCUUGGCCGUCUUCCAUUCUUUCUCUUUUGCCGCUUUGAGGCCUGCCUCGUCGCCCUCCAACUCAUAAUGUAG